AUGUCGCAGGUAGCAGAGAGUGCAGGUGGUGAUUGGGAGUGGCAUUUGUUCGGUGAUUCAGAUACAGUGAAGAUGGUGAAGGAGGGAGAUUCAGUGACUCUAGAAUCUGGAUGGAAGAUUCAGAGGCAGACUAAAGCUGGAUCAUCAGACUGGAUCUCUGAACAUUACAAACACCAGAACCACAGACUCUGGACUUUAUCAAUUAACCAUCAGCGCCGAACAAGAGAAAAAAACAGAUUCACUGUUACUGUCUAUGCUCGUCUGCCUGUUCCUAACAUUACCCGAAACUGUUCAUCAUCAUCAUCAUCAUCAUCAUCAUCACAGCAGAAUUGUUCAUUGUUGUGUUCAGUGGUGAAUGUGAGUGAUGUGAGUCUCUCCUGGUACAAAGGAAACAGUUUAUUGUCCAGCAUCAGUGUGUCUGAUCUCGGCAUCAGUCUCUCUCUACCUCUGGAGGUGGAGUAUCAGGAUAAAAACACCUACAGCUGUGUGAUCAACAAUCCCAUUAGCAACCAGACCACACAUCUGGACAUCAGCAAACUCUGCCACACAUGUGCAGCCACUAUAGCACCGGUCUCAGAGUCUCCUCGACAGUAUUCCUCACAGUCACCAUCACCAUCACAGUCACCCUUACAACCUCCAGAACCUAUGCCUCUGACAGUGGCGAUCUCUGCUGCUACUGCAGUUGCUGGGUCUUUAUUGACUGCAGCUGCAGUGUGGUUGAUCUGGAUCUGCAGAAAACACAGCAAAACUGAUCCAGAAGAAACAGUUUCUGAGGAAGAAAUCACGCUAAUCCAAUAUUCUACAAAAGAAAUGUGCAAAAAUCGGAACUGUUCAAUGAAAGGUUCUUUGGGGAAACAAAAAUGGUUCUUCUAUGUCAUCACUGUAAAAACACUCUUUUGGAACCUUCAUUUUUAAGAGUGUACAUGUUACAGCAUAUUCAGAUUUGGAGUAACAUUCCCUACAAGAAAUCCUGUGUAAUUCUGGGGAACUUGAGAGGACUUCAUCUUCAUAUAUCUACUGAAAAAUCAUUGCUUCACUAGUGUUGAAGUCAUUUGAGCAAAAUGAAUAAGUUAGAAGUUAGUUCAGUGAAAAGAUUAUGCAGCACAGAUGGUUAAUGUGAAAACAGGAAGCUCAGUGGGGGGAAAGAAAAAAAAAACAUUGGUGUGAAGUAAUAUAUCAGUAAAGCUGACAAGACCAUUGUCAUGAACAAAAAACAAAUGUGCAAAAUUUAGGUCAUGUCAGUUCAGUGCUUCAUUUCUGCUCUUGUCUAAUAGCAACAACUAUUAAAAUUCACUUCAUCAAGACCACUGAACCACUUGACUUUAAUGAAUUUACAAAUUAUGCAAUACUGCAUUAAAACUAAAUAUCAUUAAAGGGGUCAUCAGAUGCCAUUUUCCACAAGUUGAUAUGAUUCUUUAGGGUCUUAAUAAAAAGUCUCUUAUAUAAUUUGAUUAAAAAAUCUCAAUUGUUUUGUAAAACAACACCCUUUUUACCUUGUCAAAAUGAGCUCUGCAAAAAUCAUCUCAUUCUAAGGGGUUGUUCCUUUAAAUGCAAAUGAGCUCUGCUUGCCUCGCCCCUCUCUUCUCUCUCUGGAAUGACGAUAUUGUUUACAUUAGCCGCACGUAGCCGCUAAACUUCCUAACUACCACGUUAUAAGGAAAGGCGAUUGCAAAGAUUCAUAAAAAAAAAACCUUAUACUCACUUCUGCUGUAAGUGAAGCUGGAUCACGAAUGAUUCGCGCGAACAUAGACGGAUAUAUGUAGAUCGGGAGGUGC